AUGACGUCCCUAUCUAAAGCGAUCACGGCAAUCGAUGCGCAAGAUCAAGAAGGUCAACUUUCAUACCGUGCAGCUGCAAAAAAAUUUGGUGUUGAGGUGUCAACUUUGACGCGGCGUCACCACCACCAGACUCGGUCCCGUACAGAAGCUGCACAACAACGUCAAUUACUCACCCCACCACAAGAAACUGAGCUUGUAAAUUACAUACAAGGUCUCUCUGAGCGUGCCCUCCCACCUACUCGAACUAUGAUCAAGAAUUUUGUGGCAACGCUGGCGCAAUGGGAGCCUUCAGAUAGCUGGGUUACUAGGUUUUUGCAUCGUCACCACGAUCACCUUACUAUCAAAACCACCACCGGGAUCGAUCGCGAUCGCCACAAGGCUGACAGUGAGGAUAACUAUCGAUCGUAUUUCACUCUCCUCUACUCUAAG